UCGGUGGGCGCCGGAGUGAAUCGGUGGGCGCCGGAGUGAAUCGGUGGGUGCCGGAUCGCCCUGCUCACCCGCGCCUCGCACCUUGCCCACCCAGGCACCUCUGGCUGGCGAGGAAAUGGGCGCUCGUGUGCCCGUGGUGUGGCCACGGUGGUGCGGUGGUGGCGCCGCCACGACCACUGCGCUGCUGCUGCUGCUGCUCGCGGUUGCCGCCGCUGCUGCUGCGGAGGCCCAGGAGCGACGCACCGCCCCGGACAAGGUCUCCCUCGGUCUCUACAAGAAGCUGUUCGAGGUCAAACGCAAGGAGCAGAUGAACGCCCUCAAGACCCUCAUUGAGCUGAGGGACCUCCAGCAGCAGUACAAGAUCAUCGACAUCAUGCUGCAGGGCCUCUUCAAGGUGCUGGAGGAAUCGCGCGUGAUCCUGGCUGCCGCCAACGUGCUGCCUUCAGGCCCCAUCCCCGACGACGCCCACAGAGGGACGGUACGGGCGUUCUCCCACGUGGUGGAGAACGUGGCGUUCUUCGGCGACGUGCUCCUGCGCUUCCCGCGCAUCGUGCACAGCUACGUGGACGGCAGCGCGGAGCGCCUCGCCCUCGUGCGCUGGGGCCUCCUCUUCUGCAACGGCACAGGCGUCUUCGCCGACGGCACCCACGCGCAGCUGCUGGGCCUGGUGAGGCGACAAGACGGUAGCCGGGCUCCAUUCCCGAUCCGGGCGCCUCUUACGGCGUGGAGUUUGUAUAUUCUCUCCCCAGGCGCGCAGGAGCUGGGUCUCAUCGAGAAGUCGCCCGAAUAUCACAACCCCUUCCAGCUGGACGAGGAGAAGGAGGAGAAGAGGAGGAAGCAGGAGGAGAAGCGCGAGAAGCGGAAGGGGCCGCGCAUCACGCGCUCCCGCUCCGAACUCUAG